AGUAAACCAGAAACCCAACAUUCGACUUGGAUCCUGCAGAGCUUUGACUGUAUAAAAGUGUCUUUCUGACGCCGGUUUGCCAGGACUGAAACUUUCCGACCUGGUGCUCUCUCUCCCCCCGCCCUGUCAGCUCUCAGCUCGGCCUCGGUCCACAGAGAAGCGGCUCGGUGCUCCUCCACACAUGGACCCCGACAGGAUGAGCCGGCGGAGGCUUUGUUAGGAUCACCGGGCAGGAGACGAGCUGAUCGGUGUGAUGAAGGAUCGACUGGCUGAGCUGACUGCUAGCAGGACACACGCAGAGGAGGAUGUUGCCGUCGCAGUGGAGAGGGACGGCUUCAUGGAGAGCUUUUUCAGAAGGGUGGAAGAAGUUCGAGGACUCAUUGAUAAGAUCUCCUACCAGGUGGAAGAGGUGAGGAAGAUGCACAGCAUGAUCCUGUCUGCACCCAACCCAGACGACAGAACAAAGGACCAACUGGAUGCGCUGACCAACGACAUCAAAGGGAAUGCCAACGUGGUGCGAACUAAACUGAAAUCCAUGGAGCAGAGCAUGCCCAGAGAUGAUGUCGCGAACAGGUCGUCUGUGGACUUCAGGAUCCAGAAAACACAGCACACAGUGCUGUCCAGGAAGUUUGUGGAGGUCAUGACCCAGUACAACGAGACUCAAGUGUCCUUUCGGGAAAGAAGCAAAGGAAGGAUCCAGAGACAGCUGGAGAUAACUGGAAGAGUGACCACGAAUGAGGAACUGGAGAACAUGCUAGAAAGUGGAAAUCCGUCAAUCUUCACAUCUGAUAUCAUUUCUGAUUCCCAGAUCACACGUCAGGCCCUAAAUGAGAUAGAGUCACGACACCAGGACAUCAUGCGCCUGGAGUCGAGCAUCAGAGAGCUCCACGCCAUGUUCAUGGACAUGGCGAUGCUGGUAGAAACUCAGGGAGAGAUGGUUGACAACAUCGAGAAGAACGUCUUCAACGCAGCAGAAUACAUUUGUAGCGCAAAGGAGGAGACCAAGAAAGCAGUGAGGUACCAGAAGAAAUCCCGGAGGAAAUACAUCAUCCUUGCCUUUGCUCUGUUGAUCCUGCUUGCUGUCAUUGCACUAAUUGUUGGCCUGUCUGUUGGACUAACCAAACCACCUGUAUGAGAGCUGCUGUGAGAGAGGCUUCUCUGCCUUGCCACGUGUGGGGCUGCAGCUCUCCUCCUCUUACUCAUCAUAAUAGUUGGAGUCUUUGAGUGAUGGGUUUCAUGGUUCACAGCCUCACAGCCGUCAGCAGACGUCAGCUCCUGUCGUGGUCAAACAACUCGUUCACUAUCCAACAGCAUUACGGAGACCAUCUCCUGAGCGCACUGACGUCUGACCUGUGUGAGCUCAGACCUCGUGAAGCACUGUCCUCGAUACAGCUGGGAUGUAAUGAACUGACAGCACAUCACAUUUACACACUGGUGUACGUUCUGCCAUUUUUUCACAUUGGGUGUCACUUUUCUUGGUCUAAUUACUUAAAAGCAGGAGCGCCCAAACUUUCUGCCCUACAGGGCCAAAACUGAAACUUAAUGGUGGGCCAGGGGCCAAAAGCAAACACCUACUAGGACCCCGAGUGCCCUUAACUGACUGGCUUCCUGCGCAAAUUGUCACAUGGUGCUCAUAUUAUGAAAAAUCAUUAACACUUAGGGAUCGUACAUAUUUAAAGAGCAUUAGCAUGAGCAGCAAUUUAUAUCCCAACUUCUUAAAAUUGAGAUUUAAUUUUUUUGUUUAGAGACAUGUAGCGGGCCAACUUUGGCCAAGGGGUCCCACUCUGGGUGGCCCUGAAUACUCUGACAUUUUGGGAAAUGAGCUUAGUUGCCUUUGCACAUAGCCAGGCUAGCUGCUGUUAGCUGUCUUUGUGCUAAUCUAAGUUAACCAGCUUCAUAUUUAUCAUACAGACAUGAGAGAGCUAUCGGUCUUCUCAUCGAACUCCAGCCAGGGAAGCAAAUAAUUGUUUGUUUUUGUUCCAAAAAUGACUGAUUUAAUAUUCAAAAUAUAUCGUGACUAUUGUAAUUCUGCAUAAUUGGUGUUUGCAUGUAAGUGUAUGCUCCUCAUGUUCCUUUCCUUCUGUAUAUUUACUGUAAGUCAUGUGAAUUGAAUGUAAAACUGCAGCUCAGGAGUCCCUCUGAAGUAGAAAACUGUAAAAAGUUAUGUUUAGUGUUAACUAGUUAACUGUGUCUCAGUCAGAAGAAAUAUUUUUAGAUCUUUAAAAAGAAACUCAUCACUUCGUUCAACAACUCUAAAUCUUAAACUCUAAAACUUAAAAAGUGCCUUCUUGAACAUUGAACAUGAAACCGUAACUUAUUGAACUGUAUUUAUCUCGGUCGCGUGUGUGAUGACUGAAAUGUUCACUCCUGCAUGUGAUUUCAAGAGCACGCGCUUUCUUUUUUAUUUGUUUGUAAAUUAUAACUUGUAUUUUAUAUUGAAGCAG